UCGACCUGAAACGUUGAACCCUGCUUCUUUUUCCACAGAUGCUGACUGGCUGGCUGAGUGUUUCCAGCCUUCCUUGGGUCUACGCUGUAGAGAGAGAGGGAGAGAGAGUGUGUGUGUGUGUGCAAAGUCCUUCCCGGGCUGUGCACGUCCUGCGAGAGCGUUGCCCAGCCUGGCGGUGCAGGUGGAGCUGUGGACGGGAGCCAGCGGCCGCGAAGUGUGCGUGAACCAGUGGCUCCAACUCUUCCCCGGUUGUUGGGACAGAGGCCGCCUACCAUGUCUAUAAGACCGAUCUUUUCACUGAGAAAGUGGAUUCCACUGCAGACCUCUGCGAAAGGUGAUUGGUUGUGUCAGCGUAUGGGAUGUAAUCUGCUGGCAAACCCUGAUGCCAGCAAUGUAUUGCUGCGGAAUUUCACUGCAAGCUGCUUAAAAUAUGCCAAGGCUAAAGGAGUUCGGAAGAAGAAGCAGCUUUCUGAAAAGAAACUGACCCGGUACUUUGUGGAUCAGCGAAGGAUCACUGUGUUAGGAGGGAAAGGUGGUGAUGGAAUAUGCACUUUCCACAGUGAACCUCGCAAAGAGUUUGGAGGUCCUGAUGGAGGAAAUGGAGGGGAUGGAGGACACGUUAUUUUGAAAGUUGCUGAACAAGUGAAAUCACUGCUCAGCAUUAAAUCAUUUUAUCGUGGCAUUGAUGGAGAACCUGGAGCAAGUAAAAAUUGUUAUGGAAAGAAUGCAGCUAAUACUUACCUAUUGGUGCCAGUCGGUACUUUGGUCAAGGAAGAUGGGAAGAUAGUAGCUGAUCUCUCAUCACACGGAGAAGAAUACGUGGCAUCGUACGGUGGGCUGGGUGGCAAGGGAAACCGUUUCUUUCUUUCCAACGAGAACCGUGCACCAAUGUUUGCAACGCCAGGGGAACCUGGACAGCAGCGGAUCUUGCAGCUGGAGCUCAGGACCAUGGCUCAUGGUGGGAUGGUUGGCUUUCCCAAUGCUGGUAAAUCAUCUCUCCUGCGAGCAGUCUCAAAUGCCCGGCCAGCAGUCUCUGAUUAUCCAUUUACAACAUUAAAUCCUCAUGUUGGUGUAAUUCAAUAUCAAGACUUCGAGCAGGUUGCAGCUGAUGGGGAUGAUGCGAGUGGAAUGGAUAAUGACUGCAAAAAAUGGGCACAAGUUUUAUGGAACUACCUUAAACUGGGACAGCCUCUUGUGAAGAGUGACAUAAUUAUAGGCCUGGGAUGCCAUGACAUUCGAGUGGCUGAAAGAGCUGCAGAUCUUUAUCUGGAAGAUUGGGCUCCGCUGAUACUAUUUACUGGUUACCUGGGAAACCAUACAGUAGGAGUAUGGCAUCAACCGGAGGCAGACAUUUUUGCCGAAACCGCAGUUAAAUUGGGAGUUCCUGUUGACAAGAUUCUACUGGAAAAAAAGGCCACAAAUACAGGCGAGAACAUAAGGUUUGCAUAUCAAACACUGAAGGAAAAGGAUAUCCCAGUGAAGAGGAUUAUUCUAGUCCAACAACCAUUCAUGGAACGCCGUGUUUAUGCAACCUACCUUCGACAGUGGCCAGAAGACAAAGAGAAUGUGCAGGCCAUUGUCACCUCUCCAACAAUGGAACUUGAUGAAUACCCAAACAAGCAUGUGGGCAAUAUGGACAACUUAAUUGAGUACAUGUUGGCUGUUUUUGAACGAAUUCGAGAUUACCCAAAGAAGGGUUUUCAGGUGGAGCAAGAAAUUUUUCCAGAGGUUUGCGAUGCACAGCAGAAACUAUUACAUGCUGGUUACCGACCAAAAUAAAAUGCAUCAUGGUGAAACACUGUAUCACUUUAAACUUUAAAAUCAAAUGGACAUUGCAAACUUUCUGUACUGGAUUUUGUUUAACUUAAUUUUUUAUUGAAAUUGUACUUUUGCAAGGGUAUUGAUUAAGUAAACCACCUAGAACUAUUUAACUAAAUUUGUCAGGGUUUCUGAGUUUGACAUCAAAGAGGUGAAAAUUUGUGUAUUUAAAGAACAGUGUAAAUACAAAAAUUGUACUUGGUGAUAUUACAAUAAUUAAAACAACGUAUUGUUAAAUAAUAUUAUUCCAGAAAGAACUAUUACACUUAAUGGUUAUUAGGAAGUAAGUAAUACAAAGGGAUUCCUGCUAAUCUCAAAAGCCUUCGGAAUCCACUGUUCACCAGAAUGAUUACUUAAGAUUUCACUAAAAUGCUAUCCACCUUAUCUGAUACUGAAAGUAACAAUUAAGUACUCUCACCAUUAUUUGUCACACUCAAAUGGUCAAAUCAAAGCAUGCACAAUAAAUUAAGUUUUCUAUCACUAGGCAUGGAAUAUGUCCCUUGAUUACAAUUUAAUAUUUAACAUUCCUUCCUAUAUCUGUCUGGCUGCUGUCUUGAUAACUCCCUGAGUAAAAAAUA